GCACGAGGAAGCUGUCUUACUUUAUAGUACCAUUUAGCUUGCUCGAGUAAAAUGUUUAGACUCAUUGCAGUUUUGGUUUGCAUUAGCUUCGCAAGAGCUGCUCCAUCGAAAGUCGUGAAUGGUACAAACGCCGAAGAAGGUGAAAUUCCAUACAUUGUUUCCCUGCGAGUCGGUGGGCGACAUACGUGCGGGGGUUCAAUCCUAAAUGAGAAUCACGUACUAACCGCCGCUCAUUGUUUGAGUAACCCCAAAUAUUCGAUUCAAUAUGGCGUUCUCAAGCUGUCAUCCGAUAACACAAACAGUAUAGACGUUGAAAAGAUCAUGCGUCACGAAUACUACGAUCCGUACAAUAAUUACGCCAAUGACGUCGGAGUACUUAAGCUCAAGUCUUCUAUUCCAAUUGACAACGUAAACGUGAGACCUACCACUUUACCCCGACAAUCAGAAUCGGCACCAGAUGGAAAUUGGGCUGUGCUAGCCGGCUGGGGCGCUAUGAUUACUGGGGGUGGAUCCGUGAAACAAUUGCAAAGGGUCAAUAUUUUGGUUUACUCCCCAACAAACUGCCAAGCUGCUCACGGAAGUUCGGUAAAUGAAAACCAUCAUCUUUGCGCCGGAGUUCCAGAGGGAUGGAAAGGUCAAUGUAAUGGAGAUUCGGGCGGACCGCUUGUAGCCGAAGGUAAACAGGUCGGCGUAGUCUCCUGGUCGAUCAAACCCUGUGCGAUUGUUGGAUAUCCCGGAGUCUUCGCCAGAGUUGCAUCUUAUAGCGAUUGGAUAUGGUCUAAAGUUGAUCUGAAUUAAAUAACUCUUCAUAUUGAAGAAAUAAAACUCAAAAUAAAA